AGUCACUACUCCGCAUGAUUUGCCACAAACGUUCGACGAACUAGGCCUACCGUUUUUCCUUAAUGAUGACGAACUUAAAGUGGACGAUGCGGCUCGCCGUGAUCCUGUUUGUUGGGACUUUGAUGGUAUCAGCACAGAUCAGCUCUGAUGAGCUUGGUCUAUCAUGUAGUAGUGGAGAUGAUUUGGGAUUGUCCCUUGGGUCUGACAGUGAUAGUGAAGAGGCAGAUGAAGUUGGUAUGUCACUGAGCUCUUCCAGUGAAUCUAGCUGUGAUGAUGAUUUGGACGUGCAACUGAGUAUAGAUGUGGAUUCAGUCUAUGCCAGACCUCCUCCCAUGAAACCUGUAAACCGUCUACUGUUCUGUAAGUUAUUAAUUCUGCCUGACCCUUCAUAA